GUCCUAAGAUGGCGGACCGGCGGAGACGCAGGAGGCGCGCGUCUCAGGACAGCGAGGACGAGUCCGGCUCCGGCUCCGGUUCCGACAGCUGCGGCUCGGCCUCCCCGUCCUCCAAGACCCGGACCCGAGAACCGGAGCUCCCCGAGGCCACCGCCGAGAGGAGCGGCCCGAAGAGCGACGAGGAGUCCGAGUGUGAGAGUGAAGAUGGAGUUGGAGAAGCGGUGUUGUCUGAUUACGACAGUGCAGAUCCAGAGGAGAACGGCUCUCACUCCGAGGGCGCAGAGGAAGAGGAGGCGUUCACCGAGGAGACGACCACGCCCACCGCCGCCCAACAGGAAGUGACCAAAGCCCCUCCCUCCGAAGACACACCCCCUAGAGACGAGGAGGAGAAUGAACCCAAAGAGGAGAGCAAGACGGACGACAAGAACAACGUGACAGGGGAGAGACAGAGCGGGGACGGACAGGAGUCGACAGAUGAUCCAGAGACAAAGUCUGGAGGGAAACAGAAACUGGACGACGACGAAGACCGAAAAAACCCAGCCUACAUCCCCCGAAAAGGACUGUUCUUUGAACACGACCUGAGAGGAGCCACACAAGAGGAGGAGAGACCCAAAGGACGAAACCGGAAACUGUGGAAGGACGAAGGUCGAUGGGAACACGACCGAUUCAGAGAAGAAGAACAAGCUCCAAAAAGUCGAGAAGAACUCAUCGCCAUCUACGGAUACGACAUCAGGAGCAACAACAACCGCAGCAACAACCGGAACAACGCCGGGAACAACACUGGGAAUAACACCGGGAACAACACUGGGCCGGCCGACAGGAGGAGGGAGAGGAGGAACAGGCCGGCGGCGUCUCCGAGUCGGGGGGAGCAGCGUUGGCGGGAGGAGCGUCCCGUCCGGUCGUGGCAGGGUGGAGGUCCCAGAGCCCCGCCUCCUCAGGCCGUUAACCAAUCGGCUCCUUCCGCGCCCAGAGCCAGAGCCCCGCCCCCCAGGAGCCGCGGCCCCAACGCCCCGCCCCCUUCGUACAGGAGCGAUAGGACCGAGGGCCCAAAUGUGCGAGGCCCCCACGCCAGAGGGGACAGGCACAGCCCGAAGGUGGCGCUGGAGUUUACGGCAGGUGGGGGGGGCUUGGCCACGGCCAGAGGGGGGCGUGGCUUCAGAGGAGCGCCCGACGACGUCACGCUGGACGCUAACGAGGCGGAUCGCGUCCUGAGCGAAGGCGCCGUCUAUCACCAAACGCCAGAGCAGAAGCCACUCCCCCUGUCCUCCGACUCCACCCCUCAGAAUGCCCCGUCGCCCGCCUCGACCAAUCGGGACGGAUCUCCCUCCACGGAGCGCCCGGUGGAGAGGAAGUCGUACUCUCUGGUGCGACGGACUCGCUCGCGGCCCGCCGACAUGGGCAGCAAACAGACGUCUGUGGAGGACACGCCCCCCGCGCCCUCGCCCAAGUCCUGGGCCACGGGCGACGCCCCCUCAGGCGGCACCGGGGCGGGGCCCGCAGGCGGACUCUCUGACAUGGAACAAGACCUGGCACGACUCAGUCUGGGUCAGAACUGGAGCCAGAGCCCCACGUCCUACAUCCGCUCUGAAAUGCGAGGUCUGUCUAACCCUCUGCACGUCCCCGGUGGACAGUUCCCGCCUCUGGACGAGAUGAGCUCAAACCGAGCGAAGCGUUACUCCGCCCACCGCCAGAGGAGCGUCCCAGACCCCGCCCCCCCGAUGCACCUGGGCGUCAUGGAGGGACACUACUACGAGCCCAUGUCGUACCAGGGGCCAAUGUACGGUCACAGCGAUGGCCCCGCCCCCUUGGCGCCGCAGGGCAUGCUGGUGCAACCGGAGAUGCACCUGCCACAUCCAGGUCUACACCCGCACCAAUCAGGAGGCCCCAUCACAAACCCCGCCCUCUUCGGAGCCCCGUCGGUCUCCUUGUCGCCGGCGCAACCGCAGCAGCUCCUCCCACCGCCGUUUUACCCGCCCCCAGGGGUCAUGACCUUUCCUUACCCCGCCAUGUACCCCACCCCCCAGGCCCAGGCCCAGGUGACGUACGGCGGUGUGACGUACUACGACACCGUACAGCAGCAGGCUCAGCCCAAACCUUCGCCGCCGCGCCGAACCUCGCAGCCCGUCACCGUCAAAGCCCCGCCCCCGGAGCUGUCCGUCAACGCCAACGCUCCGCCCCCGGAGCUGCCCUACGCCUCCGAGUGACCCGCCCCCUCCCCCGCACUCACGAGCCCCCCCCUCCCCCGGCGGGACGCGCAGACGGCCCGGCGGGAGCAGCAGACCGGAGCGAGCGUGGACGACCUUUGACCUGUGGGAUGUUUCCAGACGGAGAGCGGCAGGAGGACUUUUCUUUCUUUUCUAAUGAUUUUUUUUACGGUUUGGCGUUGCCGCCGUGUGUUCGGUUCAAGCGUUCUGUUCGUACUGUUCCAGACGCCGUGUUAAUAAAGUUUCUUUGUAUGUGUCAUGUGAUCACAGCGCUCGCGUCUGAUUGGUUCAUGUUUUAGUUUAAAGAGACUAUUUGCUGCUGAAAAAAUCAAUAAAUCUGUAACAAAG